AUUCUCAACUCUAUAGGGUAUACCACACGGUCCGUUUAAUCGUACACUUCGUUCUGUACGUCGCAACGCACGAAAUUUGUAGAAUUCCACCUCAGAUUUCACAUUUAUGAUGAUAGAAAUAAUCUCAUUCGAAAAUGCGCUGCUAUAAUGAGUAUUUUCAACUGUUUAUCUUAUUAUUAAAGUGUGUGAUUUUUCUAUCUUUUGAAUGUAAAGUUGUAUGUACACAAACAUUUAUUGGAUAUUUGAAAAGAACGACCGCAGUUUAUGUCGGUUGAUCAGUUCAAUCAGCUGAUGUCAUCAGAAAGAAUGAAGCAUUGAGUGCAGUGCUCAUUCGCGUACGCAGCUAUAGCUAUACUUAAUAACUAACAACGCAGCAGCUGGCGGAAGAAGGUUGACGUGUAUCAGAUUGUGUGGUUGUGUCGUGCGUCUUUCAGAUGGUGCGUGCAGACUAUAGUCUCAGAGAUGAUGAAUGUUAGAUAGAAACACACUGAUCAUCGUAGCUCAGUAGUUUAUUAAAUGCAAGAAAUUUUUUAGUGUAUAAAAAUAUGUGGUCGUUCUUCUCGCGUGAUCCUACCAAGGAUUUUCCUUAUGAAAUUGGCGAGCCCAUAGAAGGGCUUGAAAACAAGAGUAUUUGGAGUCUCCAUAAAGCCAAAAAGAAGGGGACAACAGCAGCAAUUGGAGGUGAAGAUAUAUCUGUCUUUGUCUUCCAAGUCAAACCUGGUGCAGAAUAUUUGUUGGAUAUUGCCAGAGCGGCAGUUAAAAGACUGAAAACUUUACGUCAUCCAAGCAUUCUUGCUUAUUUAGAUAGUUUAGAAACAGAUAAAGCAAUUUACUUGGCUACUGAACGGGUAGAGCCCCUGCAUAACCGUCUUUCCAGAAUUGCUGAUAUUGGUGAUGGAGUAAAACGAGAACUUUAUUUGUCAUGGGGAAUUUUUCAGAUUACUAGAGCUUUGAGUUUUUUAAAUAAUGAUGGUAAUCUACGCCAUAAUAAUGUUAAUGUAUGGUCAGUUUUUGUUAAUGAAGAAAGUGGAGAAUGGAAGCUUGGUGGUGUUGAAUUUAUGACUGCUGUCGAUGCUUCUUAUUCCUCACUACCACAUGUGCUUCAAGUUUAUCGGCCAUCUGAAGCAAAAGAUAAUUACAAGACCCCAACAAAAUGUUCCAUAGAUAUUUGGGGUCUAGGCUGUCUCAUUUGGGAAGCUUUUAAUGGUCCACUGUCUGCACCAGGAAAUUUAGAUACUAUGGACCAGCUUCCCAAAGCAAUCAUAACAAUGUAUCAAGAAAUGAUUAGCAGCAAGGCUGAGAGCCGACCAAACCCAGCAGACGUAAUUGCGCGCUGUCGAAGCAACGGUGGUUUUUUUAAAAACGACCUGGUCGACGCGCUGCUAUUUCUCGAGGAAAUUCAAGUCAAAGAAAAGAACGAGAAAAGCCGAUUUUUCGGUCAACUUACCUCGCAAUUAGAUAGUUUUCCGGAAGGCGUAGGUCGUUACAAAAUACUACCACAACUCAUUGCCGCAUUCGAGUAUGGUGAUGCCGGGAGUGCCGUUUUGCCUCCACUUUUGCAAUUGGGAUGCACGUUACCUGAUACCGAGUACCAAAAGCGAGUUGUUCCAUGCGUUGUUAAAUUGUUCGCCUCGAAUGACAGGGCAACGAGGUUAAGAUUACUUCAGCAGCUCGAUAGGUUUAUCAAUCACUUGCAGCCCAUCACCGUUAACGAAGCAAUAUUUCCUCAGGUUGCCAGAGGUUUCUUGGAUACAAAUCCAGCAGUGAGGGAACAAACGAUCAAGUCAAUCGUCCAUUUAGCACCAAAAUUAGAUUAUAAUAAUCUUAAUGUUGAAGUUUUAAGAUAUUUUGCAAAACUUCAGUCGAAAGAUGAGCAAGGCGGAAUACGUACAAACACAACUGUGUGUCUAGGAAAAAUUGCUCAACAUUUACAUCCCCAAAUUAGACAAAAAGUCCUGAUCGGUGCCUUUAUCCGAGGAACACGUGAUACUUUUCCGCCUGCGCGAAGUGCCAGCGUUUUAGCACUUGCAGCCACGCAGCAGUACUUUUUUCUACACGAAGUAUCCAAUAGAAUAUUACCUGCACUAUGUCCUUUGACUACGGACCCUGACAAAGGAGUGCGGGAUAAUGCUUUCCGAACGAUAGGUGGCUUCCUAGCUAAGCUUGAGAAAGUUUCCGAAGAUCCAGGACUUCGAGAAUCUAUGGAGGCUGAUGUAAACACCGCCGCACCUAGUCUUAGUAAUGCAGCAGCAACGUGGGCAGGUUGGGCUGUGACUGCCGUUACAGCCAAAUUUUAUAGAAGUCAAUCAGAUACGGCAAAAUCUUCGGCACCACAUGGAACUUCGAGAAUUUUGUUUAAGAAACCAGCAUCUUUAGGUUUUUUUACAGAGCAUGCUAGUAGUUCUCAAAGUAGUACAAGCACGACGGCAACAACAAGUAGCGCAACCAGCAUGACUUCGCUAGAUCAUGACCAUGAGCACGAGCAUACACAGAACACUACGAACACCAACUCUGAUGGUGACUGGGACUGGGAAGGUGACUGGGGAGAUAUGGAAACCCAACCACCAACUAGUACUCCGCUAUCUGCUCACGUUACGAAUGCUUCACAUUCACCCAAGAACGUUCACAAUCAUGAACAAUGGAUUAGUUUAGAAGAGAAACCCGAAGAGGAAGCCACGGAAACUCAAGAAAAGAACGAAUCGUUGGAGUCAGGAUGGGAAGAUGGAGAAUUUCAACCAUUAGACGAUUUCCAAACAAAUGAAACGGGAGGGGAAAAUACGAAUAAUAAAGCGGAAGAUGCUCAAAAGAAAAGAGAAGAACGUAGAUUGGCAAGACAGAGGCAGUUAGAGGCAAAGCGAGCGGCAAGGCUGGGAAGCAGUACUUUAGCUAAAAAGAUCUAACUCA